CGCACGAUAGGAGGAGAAGUUCCACAUCGUGCCUGGCACUUAGCCUCACCGGCACCAACGAGUGGCACUCUCGUCGUACCAAAUACCGUCCACUACGUCUGGUUUGGCGAGGCCGAACCAAUGAAAUUUCAUCAGUUUCUUAGCAUAAAAUCAGCAUUUCUAAACAUAAGACCUAAACAGAUUCUCUUUCAUUGCGAUUUUGAACCAGUGGGACUUUGGUGGAAGGAGACUAAAAGAACUGUUACAUCAUUAGAAAUUGUCCACCGCAAUCCACCUGUGGAGAUAUUCGGAAAUGAAAUAAUUCGACCGACGCAUAAAUCGGAUGUUGCGAGGUUGGAAAUUCUGUUCAAGAGUGGCGGCAUUUUUUUAGGCACGGACGUCAUCGUUUUGAAAUCGUUUGAUUCUCUCCGCCAUUUUAAUUUCACCAUGGGCGUGGAGUAUCACGGUAGUCCAGGACGCUUGAACAAUGACAUCAUCAUCGCAAACAAGGAUGCGAAAUUUCUAAAGAUGUGGUACGAAUCUUAUCGUAACUUUACAAAACGGGAAUGGGACUUCCACGCCUGCCAAAUUCCGUACAAUUUACUUUUUGAAAACCCGAAACUAAUCCACGUGGAAGAACGGACAUUAAAUUACCCAAGCGGGAAAGAUAAACAUUUAAUUUACAACGGACUCUACAACUGGCGGACUAAUUUCGCAUUACACCUCUGGCAAGAGUUGAAUGAUAAGGGAUAUGGACCUAACAAUAUUCGAAAUAUGAAUACGACUUUUGGUGAGGUAGCUAGAUUGAUAUAUUAUGGUAAUUUUACACAGAUAAAGAGUUGACCAGAAAUUCAUUUCAGUUCGAGUUCAGUUUGUCAAAUGCAUUGAACAUGAAAGGUACAGGCACAGGUCGCAUAAGGCUUCUAUGUCCCCCUAUUAUG